CGGUCAUAAUUCUUUCCUUCGUUAAUUUUUCUGUUAUAAUUUGUAUUUGUUUCACUCAUAUUUAAAAUAUCAACAACAUUAUAGUGCAACUAAUAUAAUUAUAGUUUCUCCACAAUAUAAGAUGUGUCACAAGUUUUAAAUAUUAAGUAAUAUGCUCAGCUCAAAAAAUUUGUACUACAAUCAAAUAAGAACAAUACAUUUGUUUACACGGCUUUUGAACAAACCUGUGAAUCAUUAUGAUUCUCUGGGAGUUACGAGAAGGGCUACACAGAGUGAGAUAAAAGGGGCCUAUUAUAAGUUGUCUAUGUUAUACCAUCCCGAUAAAAAUAGUGGAGGCGAUGAGGCUGCCCAGAAAUUCAGGGAUAUAACAGCUGCUUAUGAAGUUUUAGGAAAUAUUAAACUUAGAAAAUUAUAUGAUAAAGGUAUGUUACGCCAUCACCCUGGUCCUGAUGGACCAGAGUCAGAAGAUGAUGCUCAGACAAAGUUCUAUAAACAACAUGCGAAUCGUGCUAAACCACCUCCCCCAACAGGUCGGACGCCCAUAUAUAAUUUUGAUGAAUGGUCUAAAAGUCAUUAUGCUCAUAAUUUUAACAAAAAAUUGAAGAGCAAAGAACAGAUGGAUAGAAUUAAGAGAUAUGAAGAAAUGAGAAGCAAUGCGGAUAAAAGUGAACAUAUAAUAAUUGGGUUUACAUUGCUAUCCGUGCUAGUUUUUAUUUUAUCUUUUCAAACAGCAACUGAUAAUUAUGAUAUUAGUGAAAUGGAGAUUAUUAGUGAACAAUUGUGUGAUAUUAAUUCACUUCAAAUCAAUGAUGAGAAAUAGUUACCUGUGU